AUGGUUUAUGUGGAGAGUUAUAAAUUUUGGAGUAGUAAGGAGGUUGAAGGUUCAAUAUUGGGCAUUACCAUUAAUGAUGAGAGUCAUCAAAGUUUAGGACCUUUAUAUGAGGCAGAGCUCCGGUUUAUUUCAUUUUUGCAAACCCUUUCUCUCUCUAACUAUGGGAGAAUGAAUGUUUCUUUUAGCUCACAACCAGGCUCAAUUCGCCUUGCAUAUCCAUGUGUUGCUAAACCACAGACGGUGCAAAAAGUGUGCAAGAUAGUAAAGAAGCAACUGGGUUUACCAGAUUACUCUAUUGUUACUGGCAGUUCAAAAUUUGCAAUGCUUGGAGUUGACACGGUUGAGAUUCUGAUGGAGCUCGAAGAGGAAUUUGGUAUCAGCGUUGAACUUGAAGAGGAUAUUGCAGAGAGCAUCUCAACAGUUCAAGAAGCUGCAGAGUCCUUAGAGGAAAAAUGUCCCGGAUGUGAAACAUGUUGGUAG